AUGAGCGUGAAGAAGGGGAUCUCCUGCUCGGACCAGGACCCGGACUGCUUGCGCAUCACCCAGACCCUGUCCUCCUGGAACGACUCGGCCCCCUACCGCCUGGUGGACCUGACCCCUGCCCCGGUGAGUCUGACUGUUCUGACGGUGGCCCCGUCCCUCUCCCCCACGGUGGACGUCCCUGAACACGCCCACUACACCCUGGGAACGGUGGUCCUGCUGAUCGGAAUCACGGGCGUGAUUGGAAACUCCCUCGUGAUCUACGCCUUCUCCAAGAGCCGCUCCCUGCGGACCCCGGCCAACAUGUUCAUCAUCAACAUGGCGCUGGCCGACCUGCUGAUGUGCGUCACCCAGACGCCCACCUUCUUCAUCAACUCCAUGCACCGCAGGUGGAUCUUUGGGGAGAAAGCCUGUGAGGUGUAUGCGUUCUGCGGCGCUCUCUUCGGGAUCUGUUCCAUGCUGACUCUGACCCUCGUCGCCGCCGACCGCUUCUUCGUCAUCACGCGGCCGCUGGCCUCCAUCGGCAUGUUGUCACGGCGACGCGCCGGGCUGGUCCUGAUGGGGGCGUGGCUUUACUCCUUGGCCUGGAGCCUCCCCCCCUUCUUCGGAUGGAGUGCCUACGUCCCUGAGGGUCUGAUGACUUCCUGUUCCUGGGACUACAUGACCUUCAGCCCGGGGGUGCGCGCCUACACCAUGCUGCUCUUCAUCUUCGUCUUCUUCAUCCCCCUCUUCAUCAUCAUCUACUGCUACUACUUCAUCUUCCGCGCGAUUCGCUCCACCAACAGGGCGGUGGGCCGGGUGAACGGCAGCUGCUCCAGCCGGGGGUCCCGGGGGGGCGGCGGCCAGCGGCUGCAGACCGAGUGGAAGACGGCGAAGAUCGCCCUGAUCCUCAUCCUGCUCUACGUCCUGUCCUGGGCGCCGUACUCCGGGGUCGCCCUCACCUCCUUCGCUGGCUAUGCUGACAUGGUGACUCCGUAUAUGAAUUCUGUUCCUGCUGUUAUCGCCAAGGCCUCCGCCAUCCACAACCCCAUCAUCUACGCCAUCACACACCCCAAGUACAGGCUAGCGUUAGCGCGCUACAUCCCGUAUCUGGGCCGCCUGCUGUGUGUUCCUCCUGCUGACCUGCGCUCGGCGGGCAGCAGCUUCUCCUCCACCCGCCACUCCACCCUCAGCAGCCAGACGUCCGGCGGCAGCGCCCGGCAGCACAGCGCCAGGAAGUCCCGCCUCUCCUCCGCCUCCGACAGCGAAUCGGGCUGGACGGACACCGAGGCGGACGGCUCCAGCAUGGGGUCACGACCCGCCAGCCGCCAGGUGUCAUGUGACCUCAGAGACACGGAGCUCCCAGAAAACAGAGCGUCCAUCAGGAGGGAGAGGGAGGCCGAGGUUCGCCUGUUCUUCAAGGUUUGCCUGUCCUUCAAGGUUCGCCUGUUCUUCAAGAGCGGGGACCCGGCUGAUGGUCAAAUGACCAGAGCGGCCAUCGUUCGGAUUCCCAGCAUCGUCGUCACCAAAGAACCCAGCCCCUUCCUCCCCAUUAGUCGAACUAGUUCUCGCUCUUCUCGCCCCCGGCCCCCGGUAACCCCCUCACGGGCGACGUCGACCCCGGGGCCCGUCGCGACGCCAGUGGAACCGGGACAACACACCGGGGACACACCGGGUGCACCCAAGGAGCACACCGGGGAAAACACCGGGAGAACACCGGGAACACACCGGGAGCACGGCCUCUAUAUCGCAGUCUCCGGUCCCUCUCUCCCGGGUCUCCGGUCCGUCUACUCCCGGUCUCCGGUCUCUCUCCCCCGGGUCUCCAGUCCCUCUCCUCCCGGUCUCCGGUCCCUCUCCCCCGGGUCACGUGACGGGGACGGAACCAUAACACGCCACCACGCCGCCGGACCGGCCGGGGGCGUGGCCAGGGGCGUGGCCGUGGCCGGGGGCGGGGCCGCGUUCUAA